AUGGCCAUAUCUGUGAUAGCACGGAUACGAAUCCACCCAGACCAAACGGGAGACAUUCCUGAGAAACUCGCUCGCCACAAGAAGAUAAAGACCAGCCUGGUCACCCUUGCGGAUCACGGGUUUUCGUGGUUUCAACGAGGCCGGUGGGGAGACUGCUCGUACGCCUUGGGCCAGUUCGAGUCGCUCGACGAGGUCUACGUGGACCAAGAGAGCGUCGAAAACAUUAUCGAACUCGGUGAUUCUGAAUGGAUCGACCAUCACCACUUCUGCAUUGACAGUGUCAUGGCAGACGCUGGCGUUUUGGAGCUGCACAGGUUUAGUGUCAAGCCGCACUUACGGCCCGAUUUUGAGCGGCAAUUGAAGGACAAUCCAGGAAUGACUACCGGUGGCGCAGGUCGUCUCGUCUCCGGAUGGAGGGACGGCCCAGAUAAGGACACAAAGGAAGACCCUGAUGAGUAUCAUCUUGUUGUGUUCGCGGUAGAUGCUGCUGAUACGUGGUUGCCGCUGGGCAAUCGCUUCGAUCCGUUAAAGAACAUUGCAUACGCCAUCGAGCGCGAACGGAUUGGCAGAUUCGACAUUUCUGAUGAAACCAUCAAAACUUGGUAA